CCACUUCCCACCUCCGAAACCACCCAACCAUCUUCCUCCCCUUUGGAGCCCGAUCGACGAGCUCCGGUAACGGCGCAAGCGCUGGUCGUCGUCGUCUCCGGCCGGCGACGAUGGCGGCUGCACGGGCGCACGUGGAGAGGCUCCGGCGGUAGCGGUACUACAUCGGGCGCGGCGAGCAGAACCCGCUGGCGGAGGACAUGCACCAGGCGGUGAACUACCUGAGCCAGGAGCUCUACUCCAAGGACGUCCACUUCCUCAUGGAGCUCGUCCAGAACGCUGAAGACAAUGAGUACCCUGAUGGAGUAGCACCGUCAUUGGAGUUUCUAGUAACAUCAACUGACAUCACUGGAUCUGGUGCAUCGUCAACUUUACUCAUUUUCAACAACGAGAAGGGCUUUUCUCCAUCGAAUAUUCAGUCUAUUUGUGGCGUGGGCAAAUCAACGAAAAAAGGAAACAGGGACAAGGGUUACAUUGGAGAGAAAGGUAUUGGAUUCAAAAGUGUGUUCCUGAUAUCAAGCCAGCCCCAUAUAUUCAGUAAUGGGUAUCAAAUCAAGUUUAAUGAGAAGCCGUGUCCAGAAUGCAAUAUUGGAUACAUUGUCCCAGAGUGGGUUGAAUCCAGGCCUAGCCUUUCAGAUAUCAAACAGAUAUAUGGGUCUACCAGAGUCCUUCCAACAACCUGUAUCGUCCUGCCUUUGAAGGAUGAGAAGGUCACUGCGGUGAAGCAGCAGCUUUCGAGCUUGCAUCCAGAAAUGCUACUGUUUCUAGGCAGCACUGUUAGUGAGAUUGCAAUAUCGAGUGAGAAGAACUUUGAAGUGAGGAAGAACACGCACGCGGAGUCUUACACGGUCUUUUUAUCUGCUCAAGAGAACGAGAGUGAAGCAGAGUGCGGGUACCAUAUGUGGAGGCAGAGGUUCCCUGUCAAGGCAGAGAACAGGGUGGACAAGCGUACUGAAAUCGAUGAGUGGGUCAUCACCCUAGCCUUCCCUCUUAAGGAGCGACUAUCCCGUGGGAAGCAGCUAUCCCCUGGCGUGUAUGCUUUCCUUCCCACGGAGAUGGUGACCAACUUCCCCUUCAUCAUUCAGGCUGACUUCCUCCUUGCAUCUUCAAGAGAGGCGAUACUGUUCGAUAGUCCAUGGAACAAGGGAAUUCUGGAGUGUAUCCCAAGUGCAUUCAUGAAUGCCUUUGUAGCACUUGUCAAGUCCAGAACAGAUGCACCAGCAAUGACUAUUCCGUCGAUGUUCCAUUACCUGCCAGUCAGUCCUUCGCUGAUUCCUUUACUUGAGCCUGUUAGGUCUGGCAUCAAAGAGAAGGUUCUCGUCGAGGAUAUAGUCCCAUGUGAGUCUCACACUCCGCAGAAGAUGUUUUGCAAGCCUUGCGAGGUUGUGCGGCUCAAACCAGCAUUUUGGGAUAUCCUUGUCAAGGCGAGAGAAUCUGGAGUGGACCUUAAGAACCUGUCAACUCAUGGAACCUACAUUCUCAGCUCUCAUUUCGACAAGAGUGCAUACAACAGUGUUCUUACAUUUCUGGAUGUCAAAAGCGUGAGCCAUGAAUGGUAUGCAAAAUGCAUGGAGGGGUCUAAUCUUGUCAGCAAUGUAGAUGAACAGCUUUAUCUGGAACUCUUAUCCUUUGUCGCAGACAAUUGGCAAAACUUCUCCAGUACAAACUUGAUCGCAAUGCCUCUGCUGAAGUAUGUUGACAGGAACAGAGGUGUCUCUCUCUGGAGCAUAUCUAGAGCUAGUCAGUGGAGUGAUAGACUGUGUAUUGCAUCUGAUGGGAAGUGGAUGUCAUGGCUUAUCAGCUGGAACCAGGAGUUUCCAUCUUCUAACCGGCUCUUUGUGCCUCCCAAUACACAGGCUGCUCUACAAGGUUUUUCGCACAAGACAAAAGUGGCAGCUUGGCUUCAGAACCAUGCAAAAGUGGAGAUUGUGUCUGUAUACAGUUAUGGAAAUAUUGUGGUCAAGUCCUUGAACAAUGAUCGAAGGCCCGCCAUCGCCUUUUCUCACUUUCUGUAUCAUUCAUCCAAUAAGAAUUACAUGGAGAGCUAUCAAUUAGUAGACCUGUGUCGUACCAUGCCGGUAAUUGACAACUAUGGCAAUGCUGUCACGGAAAGGCAAAGCAUUCUAGUUCCUGCAAAUGGUAGCAAAUGGGUUGGACUGAUGGGCACAAACCCAUGGAGGAAUGAGAAAUACAUUGAACUGUCAGCAGAUUACAAGUCAGCAGGUCAUUUCGCCGAGAACUACACACCUGCAGAUCAGAUCUUGGAUUUUCUCAAGACAAAGAUGCAGGCCUCGGAUGUGCCAUUCAUACACCCUCCAAAUGCAAGUUUCUCGACAGCCUCAUCACCUCUGACUGUGGACAAUGCAAUCUUGCUACUGCAAUGGAUAAGAAAUUUAAAGUCAAAAGGUGUACAACUACCAGCUAGUUUCUUGGCUUGUGUGAAAGAAGGAAGUUGGCUGAAGACAUCAGUCGGAUACAAGCCCCCGGCUGAAUCAUUUAUGUCCAGUUCUGAGUGGGGUAAUCUCUUGCAAAAUGGAUCUUCCUGUGUUGAUAUAGCAAUGAUCGAUCAACAGUUCUAUCAAUACAAAAUGAAUGCAUAUAGGGAGGAACUCAAGGUGAUCGAGGUAAGAUUUGAAUUUGGGGAGGCAUCAGCUUACAUCGGCAGACGGCUCAUGUCGAUGGCUGCAAGCAAUAUGCUGACCAGACAGCAUGUAUAUGAGCUGCUUCAGCUGAUUCGGUUUCUUCAACAGAAGGUUCUGUCACCAAGUGAACUACUCAACAGCGUGAAAGAUGGACGAUGGAUGAAGAGUAUUCUGGGCUACAUGUCUCCUUCUUGCUGUAUCAUAUAUGAUUCAGACUGGGCAGUUGCAUCUUGUAUCAGUACCCAGCCAUUCCUUGAUGUUGGAUUCUAUGGCGAGUCCAUCCUUGACUACAAACAAGAGCUGAAGUUUCUUGGUGUUCAAGUUGGGUUUGAAAACAGUGAAAAGACUUACAAGCUUAUAAUUGAUAAUUUCAAGUUCAGUUCUUCAUCUAUCACUUCUGAUGCUACUGCACUAAUCCUCAAGUAUCCAGAAUGGGAGUGCCUGGUAAAGGUGUUCAACGGAGUUCCUGUAGUUGAUUCUGGAUUUUAUGGCAGUAAGAUCAGCCCGUACAAAGAAGAGUUGAAGAAGACAGGGUUGAUUGCAGGAUUUGACCAGGCAUCGAAGGCUAUAGCAAAUAUUUUCAAGCACAAAUGGUUACCGUUGGAGGCAAUCUUAUUUGAUGAAGAUUGGCAGUCUCUGUCGCCAAUAGCAAGCUUACCCAUCAUCAAUGAUGGUGACUCUAAUGGUGGUUUAGGCAAAGAGAUGCAUGGUUACAAAGCUGAGCUGAAAGAUUUAGGUGUCACAACAGAAGUGAAAGCUCAUGGUGCUAGGCCUACUGUCACUUGUCUCAACAUUUGUGAUAACCCUGUAGACAUUCCUGCAGCUAGGUUUGUCAUCAAUGGUCUCAACAUUCCUGCAGACCCUGCAUCCAUAUCUGUCGCUACCAUGUUGUCAUUGCUUGGGUGUGUCAAGAGCUGGCUGGCCUGUGCAGCAACAUUUCCCAAGGAAUUUAUGGAGGAAAUCACUAGCUGCAAGUGGUUGAAGACAACAUUUGGAUACCAAUCUCUUGAUGGAUGCAUACUCUUUGAUCCAAAGCAGUCUUCCAUGUGCGUAACAGAUGGCCCUUUCAUCGAUGAAUCUUUCUAUGGUUCAGACAUCGCCUCAUUCAAGGGUGCACUUGCGGCAAUUGGAGUAACUGUCGAUGUUCGAUGUGGGCAUGGCCUUGUUGCUCAGCAUCUGAGGAGCCACAAAGAAACUGCUACCAUUUCCAGGAUCUACUUGUACCUCAAGGAGUGCAGCUGGGGGCCUGAGAAGAACAAAGAGGGUAGUGACUGGAUCUGGAUACCAAAUGAAAAAGGAGGUGGAGAAUGGGUGAGCCCGCUGAGCUGUGUUCUUCAUGAUCAGAACAACCUCUUCAGCCAGCAACUGCAUGUCCUAGACAGAUACUAUGAUGAUAGGAAGCUGUUGGACUUCUUCUCAUCAGUUUUCGGCGUGGGGUAUGACCCUGGUGCCGAAGACCAUUGCAAACUCUGGAGCGCAUGGGAGAGCUCCGGCGGUGAGAUAUCUGUAACCAAUUGCUCUGCUUUCUGGCAGUUCAUUGCAAGGAACUGGAGCAAGAGCAUGGAGAAGCUUAUCUCUGGUUGUGUCAAGGUCCCGGCUUGUACGGAUGGGAAGAUCAUUUUAUCGCGGAAGGAGGAUGUGUUUAUUCCUGACGAUCUGCUGCUUAAGGGUCUGUUCGACAAGCUUCCUCGACAAUCCAUUUUUAUCUGGUACCCUCCUUCCGUCUCUCGAGCAAGGCUCAACAACGUGUAUGGCGGCAUCGGUGUUCAGGCAGUAUCCAAAGCCGCCGAGAAGAGCGAUUCUUUUGUCGUCUUGGGCCAGGAUGGCAGUUGCAAAACGGUUGCUGGCCAGCGUGAGGUGAUCAGUGUUGGUCUGCUCCAGAUAGUCCUUGCUUUCCUUGCUGAUCCAGCUCUUGACAUUGCUUCCAAAGAACGGCACACUAUGGUCUCUUGCCUGCUGAAUGUGAGCGUCCUGGAGACCAAGGAGCCGAUCACGGUGGGGUACCGCGUGAAGCUGUCUUCCGGAGAGGCUGUGGACGUGGAGGCCAGCCGGAUGAUCAGGUGGGAGAGGGAGAACUCGAAGCUGUACGUGCAGCGAGGCGAUGGUGCUGGUGCUGGUGCUGCAGCUGGUUACAAAGAGAAGAUUGAGUUUGCGACGAACUUUGCUGACGAGAUAGCCCGAGGGCUGCUGUUUGAGACGCCAGACCGCAUCCCUUCACUUGCUGAACUCGUGAAGGUCGGCAGCCUAGUGGACUUCCAGGACGAUGCUGUGAAGUACCUGCUGAAGUCGAAGAAUCUGCAGCUGUUCCCUGAAGACGAGGCGUUCCUGAACGCUGCAUCACUAGGUUGCAGCAAGAAGCAUUAG